AUGGACAAACCAGACGAACUGCGUAUAAUACUUUUAGGGAAAACAGGCACUGGAAAAAGUAAGACAGGAAAUUCGAUACUCGGAAGGGAUGCAUUCAGAUAUGGUGAUCAUGGGUCUUCCGUAACAUCAAUUUGCCAAAAAGAGACUUCCAUUAGAUUUGGGAAGAAAAUUGACGUGGUUGAUACUCCCGGGGUUUUUGAUACUGAUCAAGACAAUGAGACGAUUCAACGAGAAGUAAAACGGAGCAUUAUCUUAUCUUCUCCGGGUCCUCAUGCUAUUCUACUUUGUAUUCGUGUGGCUCGGUUUACAAAGGAAGAUAUCAACACACUUGAACAUUUUGUAAGAUAUUUCGGGAAGGAGAUGCUUAAAUACGUAGUUGUUAUCUUCACACACUUAGAUCAACUGCUAGAAGACCACAUAGAACAAAAUGAAAAUCAGACUAUAACAAAUUUUUUAAGCUCUCUUCCAGAACUAGCUAAAAAAUUUCUGAAAUUGUGCGGCAACCGGUAUUUGUUUUUUAAUAAUAGAAAAAGAGGGAGCGAAAACGAAAACCAAGUUCUAAAGCUGCUAGAGACGGUUUCGUCAGUUCAACAGCAAAAUGAAAAUACUUGCUACACCAAUUCAGAUUACAAGAAGGUUGAACUGAUGCUUCAAAAAAAGAUGAAGGAGGAAAAUGAAGACAGAGACAUUGUUCAAAAUAGCGAAGAGUUUUUGUUAAAUGUUAUAAAAAGUAUUGGUAUUAUUGUCACAAUUGCCUUAAAAUUGAUAAUUAUAAUGUCAGAAGAUUAA